UGACUUGACAGUAACAAUUUUUACACGUGAGGCGCAUCACUUGGAACUACCUUGGCGGGAACUAGCUGCUCUGUCUUCCUAGAUCCUCUCUUCUCGAUCUCCAAAGUGAAACCCAGAUUCUCCUGCUCAACAAUGGUGAACCUCACAAGUGGAGCUCUAACGGCCAUCCUUGAGGAACGUCCUCCGGAGAAGCCUGUUGUCCAAGUGCUUAACAUGAAAAAGAUAGUUUCUCAAACUAACGCCCCUGAGAGGUGGAGGCUGCAAAUAUCAGACGGCAAUCACUAUCAGCCAUGUAUGAUGGCUCCCCAACUAAACUCUUUAGUCACUGACAAUAAAAUCCACAAAUUCUGUGUCAUCCGGAUGGACAGAUACAUCUGCAACAUCGUCCAUGGAAGGAAGAUCAUCAUCCUCAUCCAGACGAGUGUUGUUAAGGCAGCUGAAGAGGUUGGAGGUCGUGCCCUUGGUGACCCCCAGAUCCUCAACCUAGUGACAACAGUCGAGCCUUCCCCAGGACAAAAUGGCCGACCCGCCCCAGCCACCUUAAGCAAACCAGGUGUCAAUGGUGGUGGCCGUGGUGAUAGUGGUGGUCCUGCAACUGGAGCCUAUCACAACACUGCUCCUCCUUCUCGGCCUGCCUUCGGUGGUGCAUCAGUAUUGACCUCCCCUGGGGGGACGCCCCUCUCGUCGAGAAACAUCAUCCCCAUCACCGGUCUGAACCCCUACCAAAAUCGAUGGACCAUCAAAGUGCGUGUGUCCUCUAAACCAGCCAUUAGAACAUGGAGCAACUCACGGGGAGAGGGGAAAGUGUUCAACGUGGACCUCGUUGAUUCCACAGGAGAUGUGAGAGCGACCGCUUUCUACGACUUGGCUGACAAGAUGCAUAGUCUCUUUGAGUUGGGAAAGGUGUACUACAUCAGUCGUGGUCGCCUCAAGCCAGCGAACAGGUCCUUCAACACCACCAGCUGUGAGUACGAGAUCACGCUCAACGAGGAUAGCGAGGUCGAGCCGUGCAUGGAGGUGGACACCAGUCUUCCCACCAUAACAUACAACUUCGUACCCAUCGACUCAGUGCAAGGAGUGGAGCCAAACUCUGUCAUAGAUGUGAUUGGCGUGUGCAGAGAUGCCUCCGACCUCACCACCAUUGUCACCAAGGCCAGCAAGACAGUUUCCAAGCGUGAUGUCCACUUGGUCGACCGCUCUAACCAUGUCGUCAACUCCACGCUGUGGGGGGCCGAAGCCGAGGGAUUUGAGGAUGAUGGGAAAUUUCCUGUAAUUGCUAUCAAGGGGGCGAGAGUGUCCGACUUUGGGGGGCGGUCCCUCAAUGUAGGGUUCAACAGUGUACUGACGAUUAACCCUGACAUCCCUGAGGCUCACCAACUCAGGGGGUGGUUUGACAACUUUGGAAAGAACGUGGAGACUACUUCAAUCUCUGAAUCUCGUGCUGGAGGAACCAUGCAGACAGCCUUUCUCACUCUGAGCCAAGUGAAGGAGCUGAACCUUGGACAGAGGGAGAAACCCGACUACUUCUCUGUGAAAGCCUCUGUUGUGUUUGUCAAGAAGGACAACUGCCUCUACAAGGCCUGUCCAUCUGCUGAGUGCAACAAGAAGGUCACUGAGGACAACAUGGGUGGCUAUUUCUGUGAGAAGUGUAAUCAGAGCUUCCCCGAGUUCAAGUACAGGAUGAUCCUUUCGAUCAACACAGCUGAUCACUCUGAGAGCCAAUGGAUGACGUGUUUCCAGGACACCGGCUCAGAGAUCCUGGGCAAGUCCGCUCAGGAGCUAGGAGAACUGAGAGAGGCAGAUGAGAAUGCUUUUGACAACCUCUUCCAGCAUGCCAACUUCAAGGAGUUUGUGUUUCGAGCCCGAGCCAAGAUGGACACUUACAAUGAUGAGCAGCGGCUCAAGUGCUAUUGUGUGAGCGUGGCUUCUGUCAAUUUUGUGCAGGAGACACGAAGGAAUAUUGAGCUCAUCAACCAGAUGAUGUGAAUUGCUCGAUCCCUGGAGGGUCAUCAAGACAAGGACUGUGUUUAACUGUCAUGAACUUCUCCACUAUAUGAUGCAACUUUUGAUUACUUGUGUUGAAUGAUUUGCAUUUAUCUUGCUAUACACGGCUUAUUAUUAUUGCCAUGA